UAUCGAUCCGCACAUCUACUACGCGUACUGCUGAAGACUUCUCACGAGUAGCAUCAUGUCUUCUAGGUUAUGUGGACUCCUUCUCCUUCUUGGGGUGGUCCUUGGUGGAGUCAAAGCGUCGAGACUGUCAGUAAACCAGGAACUUUCUAGUCUAUUCAACGAGCUGUGGAUUUUGGAUGUCAAUCGGAUGACGCCUGGUGUAGAUUACAACAUCUCCGUGCAGGGUCGAGCUGGUUAUGUAAGCCAGGGCACUCAUGUUGUGCACGAUCACGCGUCUCUGCCUCUCUUCUCCAACGUCAACGAGAACAAGAUGAGGAACACAACCACCAUCUCAAGGUUGAUGAAGCUGUUGGACAACUACGAGAAGUCCACCGGUGUGUCUGAACAAGUCACCGCUGAAGAGCGGAUUGAGACCAACCUCUUCCUGGACGCUGUCUUGGAGACAGAAGUCAUGAAGCGAGCUCACAGAUAUCUGGUGACGAAAAGACAGUCUUCUUCUGACGUGAGACACUUUAAGAGUCAGCUGCACCUGAUCUGGUUUCAUCUCUACUACAGACAGAGAAACACCGGGCCGGACUCGUGUGGAUUUGAGCACGUCUUUGUCGGAGAGAUCAAAUCUGCCAGUGAAAUCAUAGGAUUUCACAACUGGAUCCAAUUCUACCUCCAAGAGAAGAGCACACAGCUGGACUACAAAGGCUACAAGGCCAGGGAGCACGACUUGCCGGACCAAGACGACCACGUCCUGAACCUCCAGUUCAGUUGGCACAGCGUGCUCAAACCUGUGGGCAGCUCCUUCAUCGGCACCAGCCCCGAGUUCGAGAUGGCCGUCUUCACCGUCCUCUUCCUCAUGAACACGGAGAGAAGCACCACGGUGUUGGUCAACAUCGACCAGUGUCAGAUGGAGCUGGUGGUCAUCAGACAUGGACGCUCCCUUGGGACGGCGUACCCCAAGCUGCUUAGCAGCAACAGCAGACACGUUAGACAGCACUCUCACUGAUCUUAUUAUGAUACAUUCGAAUUUUCCUUUAUAUUCAUAUCAUACCUCUUCUUCCCACUAACGAAAAUAACCAUCAUUGUACUAAAAUGGAAUGACUAUGAGUUAACAAAAAAUAAUUAUAAUCUAAUAAAAAAAAACAUUAGUGGCACUGCA